CUGUAAAUAAAGAUUAUGCUACAAGAUAUACCCGACCUCGACUUUGACACGUAUUUUAACAUCGCAUCGAUGCAACAGUUGCAACAGCAGCAGCAAGAGCAACAAGCGUUCCAGCAACAGCAACAGCAACAGCAGCAGCAAUCCUUAGCUCAGCAACAGCAACAACAAGGGAUUUUAUGCCAUAAUGCCUUAUUGGCAUCGCAUCAAGCGAUAUACUCGCCUCCACAACAUCCUCUUACGAACAACAAUAAUCUACCCCGAAUGACGGAUUAUCUCUGUUCAAACCAGGAUUUUAAUCUGCUCGACUGGGGUCUCCAGGCCCCACCCGCCAUGGUCCCUUCUUCCUUGACAUCACCCGAGACGUCCACGCAAUCCGCGUUGACCCCUAUGCAUUCGCCUCAACAAUUCGAUUUGCCUGCCCCCGCUAUGAUGCCGGAUACAACCUAUCGCUUUGACCUCAGUCAACGCAUCAAAGAAGAAGCUGAAAAAGCGCUAGCUAAUUAUCAUCCCCCCACGCCACCCUCCGAUUUCUUGCAAAUGGGUACCCAGUUUGCCAAUAAUAUGCCCGGUAUUGCCAUUCCCACUACGCCUUUGUCCGAGCCCGCGACGUCGCAACCAUCCAUGUCGCCAUGUGCCUUGUCUUCCUCUCCGAGCAUGUCGCCUCCUGUGCGUACGCAAUCGUUAAGUGGGGCAUUUGCAGCCAUCGAUCAAUGGGCUCAAGGGCCCUUCAAAGUAAAAGAAGAAAAUUACGACGUCUCGGAAACCCGCCAUUGGCGAAAGACCCGCCGUUCCAGCAGCAUGAUGUCAGGUAGUCCCGACUUUGAACCUGGCCGUCAUCUGAAAAAGGUGGCUCACAAUGCCAUUGAACGUCGUUACCGCAACAACAUCAACGAUCGUAUUCGCGAUCUGAAGAACGUGGUUCCUGCGCUGUACAAAGCCAAAAUCAAGGAGAAAACCGGUCAAUCACUUGAAGACGAAGAAGACGACAGCAAUAGCGACACCGAGGAAAUCGUCGAAGGCGUCGAGGUGGCCAAGAAACUCAACAAAGCCACGAUUUUGCGCAAAGCAACCGAAUACAUUUCGUUUUUGAAACACAGCAACGAAUUGGUUGAUCAAGAAAAUCAAAUUUUACAGCAAAUCAUUGGCCAAAUGCCCGGCGGUGGCGAAGUAUUGAGCCGAUUCCGUCUACAAAAGCAAGAAUUUGAACGCAUGGAAGCUGAACGAUUGUCCCGCGAAAGAAAACUGGCCCAAGAACGUGAACGCGAAGAACGACAGAUGAUGUUGCGCGAACGUGCCGCCCAACGUGCCGCAUUGGCACAACUGAUUCCUAAACCCGAACGUCGUCCCUACCGUCGUCGAGCAAAGAAGGCAGCCACAGCAGCGGCCAAGGCCAACGAAAACGAAGGCGGUUCCAAAAUGUUCAUGGCCAUGUUCAUGUGUCUUGCCUUCUUCUCUACUUCACCCGCGUUUUCACCCUCUUCCUCUUCACGCCAUCAUCAUUACUCUUCAGAAACCUCCGCCCAGCACACCAUGGAAACCAACAACACCACCCUGUCAUAUCCUCACACCAAAUCAGUCUUUACUAUCAGUUACGAUUUCAGAUUUUUCCUUCAUUUUGGUCUUAUUGUGGUUGGUUUAAUGUACCUCAUUGUCAUUCCUCUCUUAUUACGAUGGCUGCGUCCACGACCGGUGGCACGCUCCAAAGAAGUUGAAGACAAACUCUCCUCGAAGCGUUGGAGUCUAUCCGCACCUUUCUCCGAUGUAACCGCCUAUUUCUAUCCUUCCAAACCCGUCGAAAUCAGCUCUUUUGAAGAGCAAGAAGUUUUUGAACAUGACCCACAAUAGGAAUUUCUCUACUCUUACUAGAAUAAGCGAGUCAUUUUCGCUAUCCCCCCCUUUUCAUUUUUAAUCAUCUACUACCCUUCGAUCUAUCAUUCUUUUGUAAAUUUAUCAUCAGCUUACUAUAUAUCCAUUAUCCUCUUGUACGUGAACCUGCCAAAUGUAUACAUUUUUAUUACACCAACAUAAAUUGCAUGGCUCACAUGGUCAAAAAAAAAAACUGCGCAUGAGACAUACAUGUGUCUGUAUGGUUUUGUUAUGAUGUU